UUGCUUGUGAAAUUCUAAGAAACUAAAAAACAUGCCGCCAUUGUUUGCUUGAAGCUCAGCCCAUAGGUCAAAAGCUCAGCCCCAUAGAUCAAUAUACUUUCAACACUACCACCACCCCCGCACUGAGCCAUGAGAACAACACUUCACGAAAGCUGGAAUUUGGCCGGUCUUAUGUGCGAUCAGCCUUCAGCGUCUCUUAAUCAGGCUGAAAAAGGAUGGCGAGACAAGAAGCAAGGAUGUCUGUUAUGUAUAGCUUUACAGUGCUGGCACUGCUGACAGGUUUCAUAGCAGAUGGAUCGGUUGUACCAAAGCCUGAGAAACUCUUCAGUGGGCUUCUGAGAAAGGAACGAGAGGUCAAGCAGAAGCAGCAGCAGCAGUUCCACACAUCAGCCCUAAACACAGCUUUGGCCUUUGAACUUUACCGUGACCUGGCCGCCCGAACCACUGCUGAGCCCGACGUCCAACAGCAGCAACAGCAUAACAUCUUAUUCUCGCCCCUGGGCCUGGCGUCAGCCCUGGCCCUGCUGUCCCAAGUCUCUGGGUCCGAGAGUCGGAGCCAGGCCCUGGAGGCCUUGGGGCUGGCAGCCAACUCCACAGAGAAGAGCGUGGAGGCCACCAUAUCUGCUCUCACAGAUCUGCAACGUAGCCUCGCUCUGCAAGAGGAAAGGAGCGGAGAUGGGACUGGGGCCACAGCAGGGGUGGAAACUGAAAGAGCAAAUGCUGGAAACAGAGCCAAAGCAGAUGAUGGAGCAGAGGGUGGGGCUGAAACUGAGGAUGGUGUUCAUGCUGGGAGUCAGUUAAGAGUGUGGAGCAGCCUACACGUUGAUGGAAAACCUUCGCUAGACUAUGAUAGUUUUUUGUCCAGGGCUCAGCACACUGGACCUCCCGCCCUCAACAUCAGCUUGGAGACGCUGAUGAAGGACUUGCAGGCCUCCGACAAACUUGUACUCGACAAUUAUGUAUAUUUCAAAGGUCGUCAACCAUUUGAGCAGCGCCACACAGUGCCACGAAGCUUCCAGCUGAACGCCACGACCAGCGUGGAAGUUGCCAUGAUGUUCAGGGACGACUCGUCUGAGGUGAUGAUGCUGUAUGACACCAACUGCUCGGCCACAGUGGUGCGGCUGGCCCUUUCAAAACAUCUGGCCUCGCUGCUCCUGCUUCCUAAAGCCGAGCUGCAGCCCCUUGAGGACUGCCUCUCUGACAGCCGCAUGAGCUUUUGGCUCAGCAACCUGAAGCCAGGGCGGGCAGAAAUACGUUUCCCCAAGUUCCGACUAAAGCAGUCCUACAGUUUGGAAAGCCUCCUGAGGAACUCUGGGGUCUCAUCCGUUUUCUCAGAGUCAGCUGAUUUCUCUGGAAUAUCGUCAAAGAAGACGCUGCAACUCAUCAAGGCUCCUCAUGUGGUUAUGCUGGAGGUGGAAGAGACAACAUCAGAAGAUGCAGGGAGACCUGACAUCAUGCUGGACUUCUCAGUCCCCCAGAGAAUCACCUUCGACAGACCGUUCAUGCUCAUAAUCUAUGACGAACUCACAGGGCUUGUCCUGAUCAUAGGGAGGAUUAUUGAUCCUACAGAUGUCUAGACUUGAGUCAACAUCCCACUCUCUUUUAUGUCCUUUUAUUUUUGCUUUUGUUAUUGAUAUUAAACCUCAUUCAGUUAACUUACACAACAGCUUUGUUGUUAUUUGCAGAAUGUGUUUUGUUUUACCUCCAACUUUGGAAACAUUGCAGGAUGAUUCAGAGUUUAUUUCCCUAUUUUCACAAAAUGAUGAAAAGACAUUUAAAUGGCAGUGAUUUAUCCAUGUGACUGAAUCUCUGCUAUUCUUGCAAAAUAACA